GAGACUUCAAGAUCAUUUGUGUGGAGGAGAAGAAGUCAUCUUAAAAAUCCAUUUCAUUGCAACAAAAUCGCUGUUCUACUGUUUUGAAUUACUGAAAUAUAUUCAUACGCAUCUACGACCUUAAAACCCAACCUUAUCUCAUCAUGACUUCCACCGUGGUCAUCGGAAGUACCGGCCUUGUGGGAUCACAUAUCCUCUCCACGCUCCUCCAGCUUCCAGCUAUCAGUUCCGUCCGCACUUUCACCCGACGUGCUCCCAAAGACAGUGGCGCAAAGCUAAACGCGACCGUCGAGGACUCGGCCAAAUGGGCAGCUAGUAUUUCCGCCAUCACGCCUCCGCCCGACAUUUUCUUCUCUGGUCUGGGCACUACUCGUGCCGCAGCAGGCGGAUUUGACAACCAGCGAAAGAUCGACUAUGACUUGAACCUCGAGGCCGCUCAGGCAGCGAAGAAGGCUGGCGCCAAGGUCUACGUUCUCAUCAGCAGUGGUGGCGCCAAUCCCAAUUCAAUGAUGGGAUACCCGAAGAUGAAGGGGGAGCUGGAAGAAGCCGUGAAGGCACUGGGCUUUGAGAAGACUGUGAUUCUGCGCCCUGGCCUUAUUCUUGGUGGAAGAGACCACCUGAGAGCGGCAGAAUAUGCGAUCCAGGGCGUUGCCAGGGUAUUUGGUGCCGUAAGUGGUGGUUGGUUGAGCGACGGUUGGGCGCAGGAUGCGGAUGUCAUUGCCAAAGCUGCAGUGAGCGGCGGAUUGAGAGCGCUUGCGGGAGAGGGGCCAGCGUCAUAUACAAUGGGGCAGCCGGAAAUUCUGAAGCUGGGAAGAACUGAAUGGAAAUCAGAGGAGCAGAAGUAGGCCUGGAAUCACUAUGAGUGGAAGGUUAGUGGUACUGUACGAUACUAGUUUGAGACGUGAUUGGAGUUGGUAGUUUUGGGGAUUGGGCUUGGAAUGAACUGUAAUACAUUCAUUCAAUGAAUAUCUAGUAAUAUACACUCUCCACUCUUU